CCUAGGCGGUGUCAAGGUUUUUGCAAUAUAAAUAAUCAAAUAUCUUCAAAGGAAAAGCCUGAAAACUGAUCGAUUGCACGAAGAUCUUGAGAUUUAUAUACGUAGUUUUCUCGCUUGUAUUGUGAAGCUCGGCAUGAGCCUGCGCAGAAUUGCGCAGACUUGAGUGACUCGAACACACCCGGCUGCUGCAUGUUAACACAGGGACUGUAGAAACACUGCUCCUGCAUGGUUGUUUUGGUAUCUUAAAAUUUUUCUUUUUAUCGAGUUGGCCUGCGAAGCAUUCAUGCAAGGUUAUAUCGAUUGUCACUGUCACAUCUCUUCGAGAGAUUUCGAUGGUGACAUUGAUUGUGUUAUUGAGCAAUCAAAAAAGGCUGGAGUUCUGGCUCUUGUUGCAGUAGCAGAGCAUGUUGGGGAGUUUGAGAAAAUCAUACAGCUUUCACAGAGGUUUCCAGGAUUUAUCUUGCCCUGCCUUGGAGUUCAUCCUGUUCAAGAACAAGAUCCAGCACAACCCAGAGGGGCCUUACCAGAGGAUUUAGAAUCUGCCGUGCCCUUAAUCGAAAAAUAUAAAGAGCACAUUGUGGCCAUUGGUGAGGUUGGACUUGAUUUCACACCCCGGAUAGUCAAUAAUGAGGAAGGGAAAGAACUACAGAGACAAGUACUCAUUCGUCAAGUUGAGAUUGCAAAGCGACUAAAUCUACCUCUAAAUGUCCACUCAAGAUCUGCUGGAAGACCAACCAUCCAUCUUUUGAAGGAGCUUGGUGUAGAAAAUGCUCUUCUUCAUGCAUUUGAUGGGAAACCCUCAGUUGCAAUGGAGGGUGUACGUGCAGGCUACUUCUUUUCUAUACCACCUUCAAUUGUAAGAAGUGAACAGAAGCAGAAACUUGUGAAACAGGUGCCGCUAGAAAAUAUGUGUCUGGAGACUGAUUCACCAGCCCUUGGACCUGAAAAACAGGUGAGAAAUGAACCAAAGAAUAUAACGAUUAGUGCAGACUACAUUGCCAGAACCAAAGGCAUUCCUGUCGAAAAGGUCAUCGAAGUCACCACACUCAAUGCUCUUCGUGUUUUCCCCAAGUUAAAGACAUUCAUCAGUCAUUUAUGACUGUGAUUAGAAGGCCUCUACAAAUGAUCAAGAUUUAUAUAAUACAGUGCACUCUGUAUGUAACUGGGCAGUGACCCAAUGUUUUGUGGUUUUGACUGUUGGCUUUAGUGCAUUAAAUUUUAAAUGAAA